UCACCAAUAAUUUAUCAGCUUUUAAACAAGCACGAAAAUGCCAACAACAAAUAAUUCGCACAAAAACGGCACAAAAAAAACCGACAUCGAAACGGACGAAAAAUACACAUAUGAAAAUCUCACUGAAACGGCCGAAUUUCUGCUAAGUCGUGUCCCAUUUAAACCCUCCAUUGGUAUAAUAUGUGGGUCCGGUAUGGGUGCGUAUUGGAAUAAAGGGUGUUUGGCCGACGCUCUGGAAAAUAAAAAAGAGUUUCCCUACGAAAUAAUCCCCCAUUUUCCCGUGAGUACGGUCCCUGGCCACAUGGGGAAACUGGUUUUUGGGUACCUUUCGGGCAUACCAGUGGUAUGCAUGCAGGGCCGGUUCCACUAUUACGAGGGGUACCCCCUGUGGAAGUGCGCAAUGCCCGUCAGAGUGAUGAAACUCAUCGGAGUCUCGCAUUUAAUUGCCUCGAAUGCCGCAGGGGGGCUCAACGACAAGUUUAAAAUUGGGGAUAUUAUGCUCGUCAAGGACCAUAUCAACAUGCUGGGCUUCGCGGGGAAUAACCCACUCAAGGGGCCCAAUGACGAAAGGUUUGGGCCUAGGUUCCCGCCCAUGAACAAGGCCUACAACCGCGAGUUGAUCGACCAGGGCAAAAAGGUGGCCCGAGAACUAGGGCUAGGGGGCGUAGUGCACGAGGGCACUUACACCUGCUUGGGGGGCCCAAAUUUCGAAACCGUGGCCGAACUGCGAAUGUUGAAAAUGUUGGGUGCUGACGCCGUGGGGAUGUCCACAGUGCAUGAAGUGAUAACAGCGAGGCAUUGCGAUAUGACCGUGUUGGCGUUUAGUCUGAUAACGAAUAUUUGUAUCACUGAUUACGAAUGUCAUGAUAAACCCAACCACGAAGAGGUCAUGGAUGUUGGAAAAAUGAGGCAAGAUACACUCAAGUUGUUUGUUAAGAAGCUGGUCGAAUAUAUUGCUCAACAUCACACUGAAUAAAAAAUGCUGUGUUACAA